AUGGAUGACUUUGAACAGGAGGCCAUAAAUGAAGACUUGAUUGAGUUUGCCAUUCGAGAGAGCGUUCAAGAUGCCUACAAGCUGCCAUGCUCAGUGCAAACAGAUAGGAAAAACACAAAUAGUGUGGAGUUUAUGAAGAUUAUGGCAGCCAUUCAAAAAGGUGAUGUGGAUGCGCUGCAGGAGUUGUCACGUUGUGCGUCUGCCUUCAGAGAGAGUGACAGCAGGGGCUGGCUGCCUCUGCACGCAGCAGCUGUGCAGCUGCAGCCAGAUGUCCUCCACACAGUGCUGCAGGUGUUGGAAUCCACCGACUUGACCCUGGAGGAGCAGACGGGGGACGGUGAUACGGCUCUGACUCUGGCAGCUGAGGCCGGUCAGGUGGAAAACAUCAAGCUGCUUCUGAAGCACGGAGCUUCACCGCACAACACCAACAGCAGGAAUGAAUCACCUCUGCUAAUCGCAGUGAGACAACGCUCAUACGACAUAGUUCUUUCCCUCAUCAUGGGCGGGGCCUUUGUAGAGCAGGUGUGUCUCUCCAAGUGGAGGGCCAUUCAUGAGGCAGCAAAGGAGGGUUGUGCAGCUAUUAUGAUGCUGUUACUCCGACAUGGAGCCAAAAUAACAAGCAGAGACGGUCAUGGCGUGACACCGCUGGGGAUCGCAGCUGAACAUGGCAACUCUGAAGUUUUAGACAUACUCAUACACCACGGUGGUGAUGUGAAUGUCCAGGCAAGCAAUGGAGACACGGUCCUGUAUGAUGCAACCGGAUCUGGAAACCUGGACUGUGUCAAGCUGCUUUUGGAGCAUGGAGCCAACCCAAAUGUUGCCAGCUACGCCUGCCAGCUGCCCAUCCAUAGAGCUGCGUAUGAAGGAUACAUACUAAUCCUGAGGACUCUCAUCCCUAUCACCACAAAGAGAGCUAUUCGCCUCUCAGGCCAGAGCCCUGUCCACUCUGCUGCAGACGGGGGGCAGGUUCAGUGUCUAGAGCUGCUUAUCCAAAAGGGUUAUGAUGUCAAUGCCCUGCUACAUGCACACAUCUCUGAGAACUACGGGGACCUCAGGAAGACUCCUCUCUACUUCGCUGUGUCCAACGGUGAUGUGACCUGUUCGGAGAGGUUGCUGGCGGCUGGCGCGAGAACUGACCUGGAUCCACUGCGAUGCAUACUGGUUGCUAUACGUGCUGAGAGGUACGACUUGGUGGAGCUGUUGCUGUCCCAUGGAGCAGAGGUUAACUGUUAUUUCAGAGUGAUCAGCAACACGGUGUUCCCCACAGCACUGCAGUACUGCUUCAGAGACCACGUCAUGCUGCGAUUGCUGCUCAACAGUGGAUAUCACGCUUACAAGCACGUAUACCUGCUGUGAAAUUAGUCGAUAUUCGAUUUAUUUACAGAGGAUAUGUAGUUCAGAUUCAUCAAUUUCAUUAUCGGAUUUCUGCAACCGUACAGGUGUUUCCAGUGCGGUCAUGGUGACAGUGAAGAAUUGGAUAGUACCUGGACUGAGCUGCAUAACCAAGCCUAUCAGAUUUACAGUCAACCUAAAGUCAUCUCAUUCUGUGAGUUUGUGUCAGUAUCAUGCCUUGCUCACGUUGUAGGCAAAGUGGUAAGGAUGCUACUGGACUACGUCAGCCAUGUCAGCAUUUGUUUUAAGCUCAGACAAAUCCUGCAGAAGAGGCCGGAGUGGGAUGAGAUUUCUGACAUACUGGGGAAGCCACGGUCCCUGCAGCACUUGUGUCGACUGGUAAUCAGAAGUCACAUGAGCCUCAGGACCUUGAAUGACCCUGAAACUAUGGCUGGUGGUCCCUUCCCCCCAAGGCUGAUGAACUACCUGACCUACAGAGAGUAUGACCUGUAUGGUGACCUGUUAUCUGUGUGAAACACGUUUUAUUUAUACAUGUGACUAAAGUGUGAAAACAGCCAAAGUACUCAUUUAAUGCAAUACCUUAUUUCAGUUGUUUUUUUACAGACUGAAUUAAAAACCAAAAAAUGAAUGUCUAGUAUAUGAAAUAGAUGUCCCUCACACAAGUGUUUCAGUUCAUGCACGAGAAGAAGCUGAGCAAGUGUGACCUGGUCAGAAAGCUUUGCAGGGUGAGCGUGUUAACCCUUGGAUGCACGAGUGACUGGACCCAACAUUCUUCUAUAAGUGGGUCAAAAAUGGCCUGUGUUAAUUAUGCCGCUUUUGUUAUUGUGAUUGAGAAUAAUCAUUUGUGUUAUAUUUUAUACUAUAUUUUGGUUCACACAAGAAUGAUUUGAUGUUUGAAAUAUUUUUUUUCACAUUUUGAAAAUUGGAAAUGAAAAAAAAAAUACAAACUAGCAACAAAACAAUGUCAACAUCCACUUUGUGUGUGUGUGUGUGUGUAUGACAGAUACUUCCUCUCUUUUUAUUUUCUUUGUCCUCCUGUCUGUAUGAAGUUUUGACCUAUUUCUGGCUGUAAUCCCUUCACACAGGUACAUUGAUUUUGUCGCACCGACUGCUGACUUUAUGAUCUUCGUUACUUGGAUCUGAAAUCUUGUUGUCUUUGAUUGGCUUUUUUUCCUGGGGCCCAGUUGUGGCUUUCGUCACUGUGAUUGGGUUUUGCCGUUGGGAGCAACCUUCCACCCGGCUUCUGCAUAUGUGAUGCAGCAAGCUCCUUUGAGAGCUCGGUGAGGACGACCCGUCAUGCAGUUGCGAUACCAGAUACCAAUGUGAAGCUGUACCACAGCGCCAUGGGCCACCUCUGUAUUUUACACUGGCAGGUGUAGGUGCCAACAAACCGUAGAAUGUGAUUAAUUGUGGUUUUUUUUUAAUCCUUUCUGGUAUUUUCCUCCAUGCCAUACCGCUGAAUGCAAACUCUGUGCUGUAAACCUCUUCAGAAGACACUGCACAGGAGGCAACAUUAUCUGUGGUGAUGUUGCGUCUUGUCUUUUUGAACCUAGUGCAAAACUGCUGGACCGUGGUUUCCCCCAGAUUCUGAACUUUUUCCCCUGACUGUCUCCCAAUAUAAACCAGUCCAGUUCUUGCAUAGGGGAUGCGUGCAUCACAGACUCAGAAGAACUUUUGGCUAUGACAAGCUUGUUUGGCAUCUACUGUAGAAAUUUGAACCUCCCCCUGAACAGCACAAGCUGUUUGUCUACAGUGACACAAACACUCUAAAUGGUAAAUGUGUGCUGCCUGUUAGUUCUUGCUGUUUAAAAUAAUCUUCUUAACGUGUUACACUCUUUGUGGUCAAUAAAAUAUAUUUUCCUGACAGUCGCAGUUGAGAGUAAUCAAAGGUUCCCAUGAAAUUCCAUAGGAAAUGAUUACGGGUAAUUUUUGGCCCACUUACGGAAGCUUGGGGUAGUAACACAAAAACUAAAACUUUGUAAAAUGUGUAAAAGGUAAGUUAAAAAUGUCAAUGAUGCGAUAUCAAAAACACUUUUUAAGGGAUAGUUGGAACAUGAAAUUAUAACAACUUCAUUAAUUAGAUAUUGCAAGAAAACAAGCACACCGGCUCCUUUUUGACCCACUUAUGUGUCUAACGGUUAACAAAAUCUCAAGCCCACAUGGCCAUUAAAGAGAUGACGGGUAAACCUUGCAUUUGCGUAAAAACACAUAAUUGUUUUAUCCUUCUUUUUUAGUGUCUUGACAAUCUGGUGUCUUAAAAGGUAAACACAAAAGUCAUAAUA